UGAGUCACUGUCACUUGUGGAGGAAAGUGCUAGAGUAGUUAGACCAGCCUCACUGGUCUGGGUGCAUUUAUCUGUCUGUAAGGCCUGUUGAAUGUCAUUCCCAUGCUUCUCCUCCUAGUGAUGACAUGAUCGAAAGAAGGGCAACUUCUCCACCACGAAAAUAGACACGCGUGACUUCUAGAGAUAAAGAGAAACAAACUGGAGAGUAAGAGAAUUUGAUAGAGGAAAAGGAAGAGAGAGAGUGAGAGCGAGAGAGAGAGAGAGAGAGAGUGAGCGUAAGAGAGACAGAAGAGUUUGAGCGGGUUUUAGCGUUGCUGUUUUUUGACACCGCUGAGUCUACAGAGCGAUGUCGCAACUUUUCUGACAACCCAAGGAGGACUGGAGUGACCAUGCAACAGACAGAGGAAAUAAGGGGAAAGAAUAUGUCAACAAUCCAUCUGGAAAAACUGGUGAAGUAUGACAAUGGAGAACAACUGGAAUGAUAAAGAGAACAAUCCUAACAUGCUUCCUAACAAGACAAGAGACGCCAGGGCACACGCCUGAAAUUGAACUAAGACUGAGGACAAACACAAGGAAUAUUCCAGAUUGUUUUCUGUAACUCAAUCUCAAUAGCCGCUGGUCUUGUCUAAUCCAUAAUCAGCAUAUCAUAUGUAUGUACUGUAUGUUUGUUUGUAUAUACCAUCAUUGGUCUAACCCAGGGGGUCUGAUGUAAGAGUGCUCUCUGUCCUGAAUGUCUCAGCCAAGCCCCUCUGUUGACACCCAGACCCUGCUUCAGUCCAUGCUCCAGAGACUGAGGCUCCAGCCUGGCUCAGAGACCCAGCAUGGCAGGCAGGACCAGGCCCCCCACGGCCCCACCACAGCUGCCCUGGGCCAGGGGGAGGAUGGGGGGAGACCUUGGGCUAACGCCAAUGGCAAUGGGGCUCUGGGGCUGUCUCCGGCUGAUGAUGUCAGAGCGGCUGAGGGAAAAGGGGGAUGUGAGAAGGCCAGGAAAAGUGAGAUGUGGAGGUUGGACUCCAGGGAGGAGUUUGGGAUACCUGUGUGGGACUGUAAUUUUGGGGGAUCCAUUCGGAAAGGGAAAGGGGAGGAAGGGAGGAAGCAACCCACUGGCAGUCUCCCCAAGUUGGACAGGGGACAGAUGGUGUCAUCCCCUUUGGCUGCUCAGGGUGCCCCUGUCCUCGCCCCCUUACAGGAUCCUGGCAGUGUAAGAGGUGACCCAGGGGGGUCAGUGGGGGCUCUGCCAACAGUGAUGACCUUCACAGGAACUCAAACCAGGAACAAGGGCCACAUUGACGCAUCAGCUCUCAGUAACUCAUCUCUAAGCUCCAAGACCAAGGGUGCUCAGAACCAUGACCGGUCGGUUCUAAUGACGUCAAACUCUGACUUUAUUCCAUUUGACAUGGGGACUUUGGGCUAUGGGGGUUCGGAGAUUCCGGGACAUGGAGAUGUCAUGAAGAUUAUGUCACCUGGUCAAGGUGUAGCAGAAAACACCUCGUCAACUAAGUCGAUGAAGAGAUUGACACAGAGGAUAAAGGAGAAAUGGAGGGACAGGCAGGAGAGUUUAGGGAAGAAAAGGAAAGCGGAGGAUGGAGUUAGAGAAGAAAGGAAAGAUGCAAAACAAGUUAAAUUUCAGCUGUUAUCCAGAGAUGAUAACGUCACUAAGAUGUCCAAUAAAGAAGGCUAUACGACCACUCAGUCACCAAUCAGAGAGGGCCAGGGGGAAGCCCCUCCCGCUCUGUCAGAAGACAGCGGUACAGCGGGUCAUUUCAGAUCCCCAAGUUCCUUUGAGUUUGGCCUUGGGUCCUUUAGCUUGUUGGAGGAGAUCCUCACAGGGCAGGAGUGGUCCAGGUUUAUAAAUCCAUCACAAGUAGACACCUUAGCCAAUCAAACACCAGCUGAAGAGGUCACCAAUCAAUUAGAGACCAGCCAGAGACGGCCACAAGAUCAUGAGAGCGGCCGAUCAACUAUGACCUUGGACAGAGUCAGCCAAUCAGGAAAUGUGAACAGUCAGUGGGACUUCAGACAAAGUGAAUUGGACCAUGAUAGAAGCGCUGAUGUUUCUUCCUCUGUCAAUAUGAAUAUUACAGAACCAAGUCUUGUCCAAGAACAGAACAGUAAAUGUGAACUCAUCAAAUCGGCACCAAAGGAAUACAGUCAUGUCCAAUCACAAACCAGUUCUGAUGAAGUGAGGCCAAAUCAUAUACCUGUGUUAGAGUUCUCCUUCAUUAAGCCAGUGGAGGUCUUGGACAGCUCUGCCCUGAAGAGCAGGGUCCACAUGAACAGAAAAAGAGAGCACCGGUCACAGGAGAGGAAAGAAGAGAGAGAAUGUUUAAAAGGAGAGGGGGGAGAGAGAUUAGAAGACAACUCAGUCCCAUCUGAUGAGGAAGAGAGGGAAGAGGGGGACAACUUCAUGAUGCCUGUCUACCCCCUGAAAUCCUCCCUUUCCCCUCCAUCCUCUCCCUCUUCCUCCUCACAUCCCCUUGUCACCCGAAGUAUACUGCGACACUCACUGUUUCAAGAUUCAGAGUCCUCACUAUCAAUGGAAACAGUGACCAAAAAGAGGCGGAUGUCAAAAUCUCGUCACGUGCGGUUCUCUGAGGAGGUAGUUACCAUGCCGCCCAGCCUCCUGAUCCAGCAGUAUCCUGAUUCAGACGAGGAUGAGGAGGAUUCCACGCUAGAGGAGAAUGCAGUGAUGGAGGAAGUUCAAGUUGUGCCGAUGAUGCCACAGCCCGCUGCUGCUCUCCCCGCCUGGAUAUUAGCUCUGAGGAGGAAGACAAGGAAGAAACACAAACACUGAACAAUAACAGGCUCAUCCUUGUCUACCCUUAUUUAACCAAGAAAUUACCUUGAGAAUCUCCUUUGCAAGAGAGACUUGGCAAGAUAGUAAAAGGACUUUGUAAUUACUUUUGCAUCUUUUUUCAUUCAACUCAAAUGUUUGAUACUGAGUUAUUAAUGCUUUCCAUGUGGAAGGGAAGAGGAAAGGAAACGAGAUUACUUCAAUCAUUUUACAAGCCAACACACAGAAACUCAUGUCAUUACAUGAUCGCUAUGUUUACGUAUGUUUAGCAAGGAAUGUCAGGAGACAAUAGUUAUAACAAACCGUUUCUCUCUCUCUCCCUCGCUCCUCAUCAGUCCUUAUUAAUUAACAGUGGUGUAAGACCAUUAAGAAGCUCUUUUCCUGAUCUAUUAGUGUUGUGAUGGGUCCUUGGUGAGAGGAGGAGUGCCCAGGUUGUGUGUGUGUGUGUGUGUCCGUGCAUAUUGGGUGUGUAUUGCAGAAAAACACAAUACAGCAGGCACGACUCAGUCAAGUCCGAUAAUUGUAUAAUUCCUGGUUACCUUUGCUUUCCACCAGGUUCCAAGAUCAAUAUAGGACCACGGCAUCUUUUCUCAUACCCCCCAUUGUUAUAGUACAUCACAAAUGGACCAAGACAGAGAUGGAGAAAGGGAUGAGGCCGGAUAACUGUAACAUAUGAACUCCAGAGUAUGUACAAAGGUAAUGGGACCAGGGCAAAGCUUUUAUGUGGCGGCAGACUGUAGAACAGCUACAAUAUUGAGAGUAACAGUUUAUAAAGUUAUUUGUUUGUUUUUACUAAUGUAUUCAUCCCACUGUACAGAGAUAGUUUGCAGGGCAAGUGGGGCGGAGCCCCAUCUGUUUUGAGCCUCACAUUUUUAGCAAUAAAUAAAUAAAACAUGUAUAUUUGUUUUAAAUGGGGGUGGCUUGCCAUUUUGAAUGUUAUUUUGGCAUUAAUAUGUGUCACAGAUCAGUUUGCAAACUAUGUAAAAAAAAAAAAAUCUAAAUAUCAUUGAGUUAAUAAAGGCGCAUACACACAUGG